AUGCAGAAAUUCACGAUUACAGAGCCAUUCCUCGAUUCCAAAUGCGGGCUUUCCGAGGGGCCUUUCUAUGAAGAAGCCACUAAUACAUUGCGCUUCAUCGACAUUGUCAAAAAGCAUGUCUGGUGGGUUGAUUUGAACAAGGGGGCGUCCUCCGCAAAGAAGAUUGAAUACGAUAUUUCUUUCGGUGUUACAGCAAAUCUCGCCUCGUCAACGGAUUCAUUCCUCUUUGGCGGGAAGCAUGGCAUUGGCAUCGCAAAACGCGAUAGCAGUAAAUACAAAUACAUCAACCGCUUCUGGAAUGAGACUGAGAUCGCCAACAACUAUGAGACGAUUAUGCGUGCCAAUGACGGCGCCAUUGAUAGCCAGGGCCGUUUCUGGGUUGGCGCAAUGAACGACCCAGCUUAUACAAAUGGGAAAUUUGAUCCUGUCGGCAUCCUCUUCCGUCUCGACACAGACGGCACAUUGCAUCGCGUCCUUGAAAACGUCACCAUCCCCAAUGGCAUUUCAUUCAGCCUGGACAACAAAACCAUGUACUGGACCGACACUCCCACGGGUAACAUCUAUGCAUUCGACUAUGAUGUUUCGACAGGAAACAUCUCUAAUCAGCGCGUCUUUUGGCAUAGCGAUCUAGGUGGUCCGGAUGGUCAUGCGAUGGAUGUGGAGGGGAAUUUGUGGGUUGCUCUUUGGGGAGGUUGGAAGGUUGUUAGGGUUUCUCCCGAAGGUAAAGUGACUGCUGAGAUUGAGGUGCCGACCAGAUGUCCUACUGCUGUUGUAUUUGUUGGCGAGGAUGUCUACAUUACGAGUGAACAAGACCCGGAUGCUGACAAGUAUCCUGAGUCGGGGAAAUGGCACGGAGGAGUGUUCAAGUGUCAUGUUGGAAUCAAAGGAAGGAAAUUGUAUGAUUCUAAGAUUGCAUCUCUUUAA